CGUUCAGUUCGAAUUCAACUGUUGACGUGUUUGCAAGCGUGUUAUCGGCGUGCGUCCGCUCGUUCCGUUCGUUCGUAUUUUGCUAUCGAUUCUCGUCUCGCCGCGACAACAACAAAGAAAGCUCGAAAAACGCGUCGGCAAAAAUAUUCACAGAGAGCGAUCAAAGUGUGAAUCAAAACCAAAAAUCAAAAAGCAUUCAAGAAACCUAGUAAAAACAAGCAGUGUGACCAAAACAGUGUGCUAAAAUCGCGAGAGAGAGAGUGUGUGUUUUGUAUGAAAAAUGCGUAACAAUUAACGUAGCGGAGAGCAACAGAAACCCGGAGAAAAGAGAAAGCCCCACUGAGAAUAGAGGGAUAUAGGAUAUAUAGAACCGCCCGAUUCCUGCCCCCCGGUAGAACAGAAAAGCAUUCAAAAUUAUACUCGAAAUGGAUAUGACCUCAACAGCGGAGGCUGCCGCUCGCAGCUGGUACGAUAGUCCGCGCUUAGGCGGCGGCUCGUCGGGCGGCGGAAACGGGGGCGGGGUCUCGCCCCAGACGAACGGCCUUGGCAGCGCCGGGAGCAGCCUGGCCCACAGCCACCACAGCCUCUCCAGCGGCGCCAGCUCGGCGGGCAGCAGCGUGGGCGUGGGAGCGGCCCUCGGCGGCGGCGGCGGAUCCGGACUGGACACCAGCGACAUGAGCGCCUUCUACGCGCUGGAGAGCAACGGACACCACCGGCGCUACUAUCCCAGCUACCAUCAGCACACAUCCCGCAUGCCCUCCACCCAUGCCUCGCCCCAAGUGUGCCGGCCGCACUUCCACACCCCGCUGAGUCCCUGGCUGACCAGCGAGCACAAGUCCUUCGCCCCCGCCAGCGCCUGGAGCAUGGGCCAGUUCGCCUGCCCGCAGGAGCCGCAGGUGGAGCACAAGCUGGGCCAGAUGGGCCAGAGCCACCAGACGACGGCCGCCGGCCAGCACUCGUUCCCCUUCCCGCCGACGCCGCCAAAGGACUCCACGCCCGACUCCGUGCAAACCGGUCCAUCCGAGUACCAGGCCGUGAUGAACGCGUUUAUGCAUCAACAGGCCACGGGCUCUACCUCACUGACGGACGCCAGCUGUGCGCUGGACAUCAAGCCGUCGAUCCAGAACGGCAGUGCGAGCGGAUCCUCCGGCAGCGGCACCACCCACACGUCGACGCCCAAGCAGCGCGAAGGUACUACCAGCACCACUAAUUCCAGCUCCAACUCCAGCAGCAGUCAGCAGCAACAGCAGCAGCAGCAGCAACAGCAGCAGCAGCAGCAACAGAGCAGCAGCAACAGCAACACCACCGCCAGCAGCAACACCUCCGCCUCGUCCUCCGCCGCAGCAGCUUCUCUUUCAGCCGCUGCAGCCGCCGCCUCCGCAGCCACCUCCUCGAACGGACUGUUCGACGGAACGGCGCAGGCGUACAGCAGCGGUGGGAGUGGCGGAGGCGGCGGUGGUGGUGGGGCCAGCGGUGGCUACGACAGCAGCAGUUAUGCCUCCUACCACCAUGCGGCGGCGCAUCAUCAGGCGGCUGCCGUGGCGGCGGCGAAUAUGUUCCAAAGUUCCUCGGUGGCCGCGGCUGCAGUGCGUCACAGUAUGGCCGCGGCGCAGGCGCACCACCACCACCAUCACCACCACAGUGGCCACCACCAUGGGGGCUCGUCCUCGGGGAUGCACGGCCUGGGUGGUGGGUCGGUGGGCGUGGGCUCCGCCGGCGUGGGCAUGGGCAGCAUGAGCGGCGGAGGCGGCAACGGAGGCGGCGGAGCGGGAUCGCUGAGCGGCCACAGUGGCGGCGGGAGCAACGCGGGCAGCGGCGGCCUGGACGUCAAGCCCGUGCGGACCAAGCCGCGGACCAGUGCUGAGGGACGCGAGUGUGUGAACUGCGGCGCCACAUCGACGCCACUGUGGCGACGCGAUGGAACGGGACACUAUCUGUGCAACGCCUGUGGCCUGUACUACAAAAUGAACGGCCAGAACCGACCCCUGAUCAAGCCAAAGCGAAGACUGACCCUGCAAUCGCUGCAGAGUGCGGCCAAAAGGGCGGGCACAUCCUGCGCCAACUGCAAGACCACAACCACAACCCUUUGGCGACGCAAUGCCAGCGGCGAGCCAGUGUGCAACGCCUGCGGAUUGUACUACAAGCUGCACAAUGUCAAUCGCCCGCUCACAAUGAAAAAGGAGGGCAUCCAGACGCGUAACCGCAAGUUGAGCUCCAAGUCCAAGAAGAAGAAGGGUCUGGGCGGCGGCUGUCUGCCAAUUGGUGGCCACUUGGGCAUGGGCGACUUCAAGCCGCUGGAUCCCUCGAAGGGAUUCGGCGGCGGCUUCUCGGCCUCCAUGGCACAACAUGGACACCUCUCGAGCGGACUUCAUCCGGCACAUGCGCACAUGCACGGCAGCUGGUAUACCGGCGGCAUGGGCGCCCUGGGAGCCUCGAGCGGACUGCAGGGCGGCUUCUCCACCGCCGGCUCUCUCGGCGGAGCGGUGGUGCCCCACUCGCAGCCCUACCACUUGGGCCUGAGUUCGAUGGGCACCUGGCGCACUGACUACACGUGAUGGAGCGGGAACAACUUGAACAACAAUCUGUUCAGUUAGAGCCGCGACUUAUCCCACGCCUGAAUCGACUUUGUCGAGCAGUAAAUAAAUCGAGACAACACAAAAUAAAAAGAAGAAAACAAUAACAAAAACAAAAA